GAAGUCGAUAGAGAUUACGACAACUGUCGGUAGUACUGCUACUAGUAGUACUAUUACGGCAUCACAGUCUAGUCUUCAAAACAUUAUAGGAAAACCUGUACUGGUAACUCCUGAUCUCAAGACUGAUACCAUUUUAGUAUCCGUUAAGGACACAAUGGCAAUUAUGUCUCAAUCAUUGGAAAAAUUGAGUGAGGCUAUGGGUAAGAUGGCGGAAGGAAGAAGUUCGAGAUCUCGGUCACGGUCCAGUUUUAGGAUCCCGAAAAGGAGGUCAUUUUCUAUAUCACCCAAUAAAAAGAGGAGGUCAAUUUUGUCGCCAUCUAUUUCCCCUAAAAGGCGAAGAGUAUCACACUCUAUCAGUAAUAGUGAUUCAGACAGUCAGUCCUCUGGUUCAUUUACGUGUAGUAAGGAUGCACGUUUCAAGCAAGACAGAUCUAGGCAUAGGCCUAUUGGUGGGCCUUCCCAGACUGAUGUCACUGAUGACAUAGAAGAUUUACUUCAUACAUCUAAACAAACCAAACCUUUAGAUACAGGUGCUAGCACCAGCAAUGAUAAUGUCUUACAAGACAUAAAUCAGUCCUUUGAAGAACCAGAACAAACUGGGCCAGAGGUAACAGACAAACUUGCAGAGAUAAUUAACAAAAGGUUUCAAAAUAGACUAACAGAUGAUAUUCUGAAAAAGACUUUUUCCAAAUAUCUCAGACCAAGGAAUUGUUCUGGUCUCAGUAUUCCAAAUGUCAAUAACGAAAUUUGGAAACAGUUAUCAAAUAACAUUAAAAGGCAAGACCUUAGAUUAAGUUAUAUACAGAAAGCUAUUUCUAAAGCUGCCUCUGCAAUUACAGUAUGUGCAGAUGAAAUACUUGAUGACAAGAUUAAUGAUAAGUCAGUUGUGGCUAGGAAACUAAUUGACUCAGUUGCUUUAUUGGGCCAUGCUUCAUACGACCUUUCUCUUAAAAGGCGCGAAUUAAUAAAACCCGGUCUCAGUCCUGAAUUUGGAGGUCUUUGUUCGACCAAUGUACCUGUUACUCCUGAAUAUCUUUUUAGUGACGAUUUACACUUGAAAGAUAUCAGGGAAACCUGCCGUUUAAGUUCCAGAGUUUCAUCAUCAUACACACCAAGAAGAGAUGAUCGACCCUCAUCCUCUUUUCGACCCUCAUCAUCAUAUCGUCCAUACACGAAUACAUCUACCAGUCAUUUUUUAGACAAAAAGGGGAGGGGAAACUACCCCAGACAGAACUACCCCAGACAGAGGUCAACAGGAAAAUCCAAUCAACAGACAAAACAGAAGAUUUACAAAAAUCGAGCAAAACAAUAAUUGCUACUUGUACAGAAACCACAAAUGCUCAAGAGGUGAACUCUUUUAAAAAUUAUUGUGCUGAAUUAAAACUAAUAUUAGUUAGUAAAGCAUUACAGUUUAAAGCUGGUUGUUUAACGAACUAUUUAGACAACUGGAAAUCAUUGACGUCUGAUUAUGAAAUUCUAGAAUUAGUUAAGGGUGCAAAAAUAACUUUCACAGAAAGGCCAGAGAAAAAUCAGCAUUACUUAAAUCACUUUAAUGAAACAGAAACUAUAGCAAUUGAUCUUGAAAUUGAAAAGCUUCUAUCUAAAGAAGUGCUAAUAAAAACUAGUAAACACAAGAAUGAUAUACUAUCUCCUAUUUUUGUCAGAGAAAAGAAAGAUUUAUCUUUUCGCAUGAUAUUAAAU